CUGAACUCGGUUAAAGUCCACUGCCAGAACGAAGCCGUCUACCAGUACCACGUUACCUUCAGCCCCGAGGUGGAGUGCAGGAGCGCCCGCUUUGCCAUGCUGAAGCAGCACCGGGCGGUGGUGGGGGACGUCACCGCGUUCGACGGCUCCAUCCUUUACCUGCCCAUCCUGCUUCCCCAGCCGGUCAGUCUGAAGGCUCAGAGGAGGAGCGACGGGGAGGAGAUCACCAUCACCAUCCAGAUGACCAAGGUCCUCGAGCCCAGCUCGGAUCUCUGCAUCCCCUUUUACAACGUGGUUUUCCGGAGGGUGAUGAGAAUCUUGGAUAUGGAGCUUGUGGGGAGAAAUUUCUUUGAACCUGCCCAGGCCAACGUAUUGCAGCAUUACAGGCUGCAGAUUUGGCCGGGUUACUCUGUCAGCAUUCGGAAGAAGGACGGCGGCCUCUUCCUCCUGAUCGACUCCGUUCACAAAGUUGUCCGCAGCGAAUCUGUCCUGGAUUUCAUGCACAGCAUCUACAAGCAAAGUGUCAGCAGCUUCCAGGACGAGUGCACCAAGGAGCUGGUGGGCAGCGUGGUGAUCACCCGCUACAACAACCGCACCUACCGCAUCGACGACAUCGACUGGAACAAGACCCCCAGGGACAGUUUCACCCUGGCCAGCGGCAAGGCGGUCACUUUUGUGGACUACUACAGCAAAAACUACGGGAUCACCAUCAGGGAGCUGGAUCAGCCGCUGCUCAUCCACAGGCCCAAGGAAAAACAGAUGCCGGAGGGGAAGCGUCAGCUGGACGUGGUGCUGCUCAUCCCAGAGCUCACCUUUGUGACCGGGCUCCCCGACAUAAGGAAGAACAGCCGGAUGGUGAAGGAGAUGAUGCGGGAGACGGUGCAGAGCCCCAAGCAGCACUACGCGCGCCUCACCAGCCUCCUGCGCCGCAUCCACAAGAACCCCGAGGCCUCAGGGGAGCUGAUGCGCUGGGGGCUCAGGCUGGACCCCGACAUCCACAAGACCCAGGGCCACAUCCUGCCCACGGAGAGGAUCAACCUGCGGCACAGCUCCUUCCUCCCCGCCGAGGACCUGAGCUGGAACAAGGAGGUGACGCGAGAGGCCUCCAUCUCCACGGUCGCCAUGAAUUACUGGCUGCUGGUUUACCCCGGGCGCCUGCAGAAUCUGGUGAAGGACCUGGUGGCCACCAUGGAGAGCGUCUGCGGCCCCAGCGGCAUGCACGUCAGCCGGCCCGCCUUGGUGGAGCUGAAGGACGAGCGCAUCGAGACCUACGCCAGGACCAUCCGAAGAGUUUUGGGGAGCGAGGUGCAGCUGCUGCUCUGCAUCAUCUCCAGCAACCGGGAGGAUCUGUACGGGGCCAUCAAGAAGCUGUGCUGCGUGCAGUCCCCAGUGCCCUCCCAGGUCAUCAACGCGCAGACCCUGAUGGGGCAGGGGGGCAAGAUGAAGAGCGUGGUGCAGAAGGUGCUGCUGCAGAUGAACUGCAAGCUGGGCGGCGAGCUCUGGGGGGUCGACAUCCCACUGAAGCAGCUCAUGGUCGUCGGCGUGGACGUCUACCACAGCCGCAGCAAGGGGAUGCGCUCCGUCAUCGGCUUCGUGGCCAGCAUGAACAACGUCCUCACCAAGUGGUACUCCAGGGUGGUCUUCCAGAUGCCGCACCAGGAGAUCACCGACAGCCUGCGGCUCUGCCUGACUGAAGCCCUGCAGCACUUCCACGAGAUGAACCACUACUUGCCCGUGAAGAUCGCCGUGUACCGGGACGGCGUUUCGGACGGGCAGCUGGACAUGGUGCUCAAGUACGAGAUCCCGCAGAUGCAGAAGUGCUUCGACACCUUCGAGAACUACCACCCCAGCGUGGUGGUGGUGGUGGUGCAGAAGCAGAUCAGCACCAACUUCUACACCGUCGAGGCCGAGCAAUUCGCGUCCCCUCCUCCCGGAACGGUCAUCGACCACACGGUCACCAGCUCCGACCGGCAGGACUUCUUCUUGCUGGCCCAUUGCUCUCGCCAGGGCUGCAGCAUCCCCACGCGCUACAUCUGCGUCCUCAACACGGCCAACCUCAGCUACGAGCACCUGGAGAGGUUGACUUUCAAGCUGUGUCACCUGUACUGGAACUGGCCAGGCACCGUCCGCGUCCCUGCACCCUGCAAAUACGCCCACAAAUUGGCUUUCCUCUCCGGGCAGGUCCUGCACCACGAGCCCAGCGCCCAGCUCCGUGACAAGCUCUUCUUCCUAUAG